GUCCACCUCCCUCCUCCGUCCAGCCGCUCGAGUGGGGAAGUCCUGGUGGGCCCCUCGGAGGCCCGGAGGCGGGGAUAGAGGACCGGGAUAAAGACUGGCCCCCAGAACUGGAAGCGGGGUGGGCCGCGCUGGAGAAUAACGCCCGGGAGUCAGGGCGGCGCAGCCCCGGCCCCCUGGAAAGCCCAGCGGUCCAGAAAAGCCGGAUUUGGCUUCUCCCCUCUCGGAAGAGUUCUCAGGAAGUUUGAGGGGAGGGGCGAGCCGCGCUCCCGGGUUCUACCCGCGUCGGCGCGGGAGGGUGAGAGGGGACCCCCGCAGCAUCAGGUCUCCGUGCUGUCGCGUUCCCGCCCUCGGGCGGGCUCCCGGGGCUCCCGGCCGGGGCCGAGGGCAGAGCGCGCAGGCCGGCAUGGAGGGACUGGUCCUGCUCAACGCCCUGGCCACGCGGCUGCUUUUCGUGCUGCACUCGCUGGUCGGGGUCUGGAGGGUGACCGAGGUGAAGAAGGAGCCGUGGUACUGGCUGCUCGCGCUGCUCAACCUCCUGCUCCUCCUGGAGACUGCGCUCACCCUCAAGUUCAAGAGCGGCAGAGGCUACAAAUGGUUUUCACCAGCUAUAUUUUUAUAUCUGAUUAGCAUCGUUCCAUCAUUAUGGCUUCUUGAGAUGCAUCAUGAGACCCAGUAUUGCAGUAUCCAAUCUGAAGAAAAGUCACAGAAUGCCAGCAGAAAAGAAGACUUCAAUCCACCACUGAUGUCCAAUGAACAAACCAAUGGAACUGAUGAUCUCAUUAAGACGGCCAAAGUUUUUGUAAGUAACCUAUCUACAGUAUGUGAGAAAGUCUGGACUCUGGGACUCCAUCAGACAUUCCUGUUAAUGCUAAUAAUUGGACGAUGGCUUCUACCCAUUGGAGGUGGGAUCACUCGAGACCAACUCUCUCAACUUCUUCUUAUAUUUGUGGGGACAGCUGCUGACAUACUGGAAUUCACAAGUGAGACCCUAGAAGAACAAAAUGUAAGGAACAGCCCUGCACUAGUCUAUGCUAUCCUCGUUAUAUGGACUUGGAGCAUGCUGCAGUUUCCACUGGACCUGGCAGUCCAGAAUUUCGUGUGCCCCCUGUCUGUGACAGCGAGAGGAUUCCUCAGCCUGUUCUUCUGCCAGUACAGUGCCGAUCUGUGGAACAUCGGAAUCAGCGUCUUCAUCCAGGAUGGCCCCUUCCUUGUCGUACGUCUCAUACUGAUGGCCCACUUCAAAGUGAUAAAUCAGAUGCUGGUGUUCUUUGCUGCGAAGAAUUUCCUCGUGGUGGUGUUGCAGCUGUACCGCCUGGUGGUGCUGGCCCUGGGAGUCCGCGCCUCCUCCCACGGGCAGGCAGAUGGCUCGACGGGACCGCACAGUGGCCCGGGACAGCCAUCCGAGCGCGGGCCCUCCCCGCCGGCCUGGCAGCGGGAGCCUCGGGACGGCCUGGCGCUUCCUUUGCGGGCCACCGCUGUCGCCUCUGACCACACCUCCGAGGACUUCCACCCCACACAAUAAUUAUGUAUUCACAGCCUCGUGCAGCUAGGACCUUGGACUUUCUGGUGCUUCCUACGGACAGGAUCGCCUUCUUUCUUUUUCCUUUCCGACUCUGGCAUAUCAUGAUUUUCAAAAGAAUAACAUAAAAAGGUGAUCUUAAACCGAAGCCAAGGAAUUUUCUUUUUGAAAUUGAAUGGAAAGAACUUUGAUUAGUGGCUCUCACUUACAACUUCUGUGUGAUGGUAUCGGAUGUUGUAGUUGUUCAACGACUAAGUGAUUUGUUUGUCUACAACUGUUUGAAAAAGCUACGGGCAGGGUUGGAGUGACAUGCCCCUGAAAGAUUUAGUGACAACUGUCGCGGCUGUUACCUGAAAAUAGAGAAGCUUUGAACUUUGGCUCCAUUGUCAGACUAUCUCGUCUGAUCUUUUCUGCAAUGUCCCUCUGACAUCAAAAAAUGUACAUUCAGUGAAUGCAGAACAAAUGAAGGGAAAAGUGCCUUUAAAAUUACCUCACUGUGGGCUGGAAGCAGUGAAAAUCUCUGCCCAGCUUCCGUAUCAUAGAGAGCCCUAUUCAUCGCUGCACAGCCCUUCCCAGGAAAAUCAUUUUUCUGGGCUGAUGUGGUAUUCUGUCAUGGCGCAUAUGCUGUUACAGAAAUUUUAUUGCUUUUGGCUUGGGUACUACGAAAUUCACAGCAAGCCAUUUCGGUUACAUAUCUACUGGUGGCAAGGCAGGAAAUACUGGAAAAAUGCUAGCAAAGUCACAAUUUCCACUCUGAGCAUGAUUUGCAGUGUUCAUCAGUAUGUUCCUGAACCCCACUUUACCAUUUUCUAUAUUGCCAAGUCGAAUCACGUGGGCAGAUGCAGGGAAGCUCUGAAACAGUGAAUAAAGGUGUUUCGGGCCCUGUAAGUGUUACCAUGGUUUCUGGUGUCUGCCAGCAGUCGCGGAAAAAAAGCUGCAGCUCCUCUGAACCGCCACUACUGGAGACGGCCUUUGGUCUCAGGGAACACGGGGAUGGAGGACAGCAUCAGCCCCACUCAUGGCCAACAGCCAGGGAGGAGUGACGGGGCUCGGAACGUGCCACCACACUGUGGGAAUAAUACACAUUAUUUUCCUGCAAUAAGACUUAAUUUUCUCAGUAUUGAAAUAGCUAUACUUUGCUUUUACAUACCUCUGUACUUUCCAGAUGGAGGCAAUUCAGAAGCUCUUCUUCUAGUGAAUUUUUGCUUUAAAAGAUGCAGUGUGAAAAUUUGCUGGGGUGUAUAGCAGUAAUUACAUAAGGCAAACAGUUACAAAACUGUUCUUUUAGGAUUCAAAGCAUAAUUCUUCCUAUGUCAGUAUGCUCAGGAAUUCAAAGGGACAUUUAAGGUAGAGUGUACCCUUAAUUGGGUAUGACUUAUCAACAACCAAUUGGGGCAAUUUUAUCUAUAAAUCUCUGUGUGACAUAAUGUCCAUUCAAAACACUUGAUACAAAGUUUUAUAGACAAAUUCUGGUUUUAUAUAGAGUAAUGCAUAUUUUCCAAUAAAUGGCUUCUUCAGUGCCAUUCAGUUAUAUGUUUCUAUUUCUUUCUUUCCUUCCUCAUGCUUCUAAUUUUAACAAUAUAAUGAUUGUAAAAUGAUGGAUGAGACUGAUAGAAUACAUUUAUAAUUUUCCAUAAUAACUGUAUGAAAGUUAAGAUCAGGAAAUUAUAUUUACAUGAAGUAAAGGACUUGACAACCUUUAAGGGCAUGUUAUUUAAAAUGCUUAGCAAUUGAAAGCAAAAUAAUAACUGCUAUUUAUAAAAAUGUCUCAGCAGAAUCUGUUUUUAUGUUGACUGCUUUGCGUUGAAUAUUUUCUUCCCCAACAUGUAUGUGCUGCUUAUUAUUGCAGAUUUGCUCAUGGCAUACUUUUCAUGUUUUAAUUUUUUCUUCCAGCAAAACAAACACUGAGCCUCUAAAAAUAGAUAAAGUAUAAAGUAGUACGGCUGUUGCAAGGAUAAUUUUAAAUACUUUCAAAUCUGAGAUUUGGCUUGGCUUCAUGAAUGAGUUUGUAGUGUUUAAAUAAAGUAUUUUGUAAUUAGCACUGCUCUGAAGGCCUGAGAAAUAAAAAGUCUGUCCAAAAUCUAGCUUCGUUUAGAGUGUCAGGAAGUCAAAGAGCACCCAGGACUGUCUUGGCGAUUAAUGGUGGCAAAAAUGGACACAUGCUCUGCAAGGUUUUCCAGGAAAAUCUGCUAAGGGCAGCAUUUGUUAACCUAACUGCCAAUACUCCCACUCCCUUAGACUGGAUGUUUUUAUAGUACGGAAAAAAAAAUCUGUAUUCAUUUAGUUUAUUUUUAAAAAGCUCUAAGUCCAGGUUGUAUCCAUCUCUAGGACCCAGGAUGAAAAGUUAAAAAUGUAUUCAGUUAAAUUGUAUGUUUUUAGUGUAGACUGCUAAACAUGGUAAUGUUUUAAAACAUCCCAGUGUUUGUUAUAAAGUGGCUAGAACAUCAGUUACCUCCCACAUGUUGACACCCUAGGACUUGUUUACAUUUUAUUUGUAAUAAGAUAACUAGCUCACAUCAUCUGUAUAAUGUGACAUAGCCAGACCUCUCCACCACCCCCCCCUUGCCACAGACACACAACAGACCAAUUCCCCAGCCACUGAAAAAAGUGCCUUAUUUGUGGUUGUUGGUGAUGUUGUUAUCGUUGCUAUUGUUGUUAUUUAAUUGCUUUAUUAAAGCUUAAUUAAAUGUUCUUCUUAAAAAGACGUCAUUCUGCUUGUGAACACAGUACACAUGUUUUAAUGAUACUGUGCAGAAACACAUCUCAAGACCAUUUUGUGGGUUUUCUUUGCCUUUGCUGGAUGAGCCUCAAAGGACAUAACUUGACAUAGUAAAAUUAGUAAACUGUCUUAUCUGUGAUUAUUCUUUUAAUUUUUAUUGAAGCUGUAAUAGAUAGCUUAAAAAAUAAAAUUUUGUAUCAGCCAGUAACAAUUCUUUCUAACCUUCCAGAGAAGAGUCUUGCACAAAUGGACCCUUAGCUCUAUUGUAGUUCCACUAACACAUAGCCCUUUAGGUCUUAUAAAACUGUAAAGAUAUGGGCAAGAAAUAUCAGGAUUUACUAUUGCAAUAUUAAUUGCUAACUUGUUAAUUAAUAGAAAAUUUUCAAAGCUCUGCAAAGGCAUGCAUUGUAGGUGGACAAGCGUUAGGAUUUCCACCCAGGUUUCAGAGUUGAACGUUGACUCUUAUUAUCUUUGACAUUUAAUCUCCAUGACUCUUAACUGAGUCUCCUGUUAAAAAGAAAGAAUUGCCAAAGCAAGGCUUCUGUCUACCUUAGUGCCCCUCCAAUGCCAGGAAAGAGAGAUGUUGAAAUAUACUGCAGAGACUCAGAGAUGAGAGUGAAAAAGCCAAACAGUCUCGAAUUAAAAGAAAAAAAGGAGACUGUUAAUUUUUUUUCUAAUUUCAGACUUCACUUUUUUACUUAGUGGACAUUCUGAUCUAGUUUCAGAAGCAUCUGAUUUGAGGUUAAACCAGGCAGCUGGAGGAUGUUUAUAGCUUUGAGGCUUCAAAUAACUUUCCAUGUGAUGGAAGAAACUCUAAACAAUGUUUGAAUAAUUAACUGCCACAGCCUUAUAUUUUAUGGGUAUCCAUCCUCUGAAUCUUUCUUACCAGAAAACUAUAUGAGAAUAUUUUCUCUGAAGUAUGUAUAUUUGCACUAUUUUCCUAUGAAUGACCUUUGUAUUUCACUGUAAACAUUAAAUAGUGUGUGCACAACUUUA